GCGGCGGCGGCGGCGCGGGGCAGCAUGAGGGAGCCGCUCGCGUGGGUCCUGUCACCACGACCGUCCCGGCGGCUGAGCUUUGAGGAGGCCAGUGUGUGUGCAUUAUGUACAGUGUAGAAGACCUCCUGAUUUCUCAUGGAUACAAACCAUCAAGAAGUCUCCCAGCACCACACGAAGAUAACUGUGAGGGGCGCCAGCAGGCGAGGACAGGCGCGAGAGCUGGCCACGGCCUGCUGAAUGGGUGUGAGGAUGGCCCUGCCGCCUUCCCACACAGUAGGACAUCCCUGGGGAAAGGACACGUGAGUGACUCUGAAAACAGCCGCCGCAUCCCGAGAGUCCACGGAGAGUCCCAGCGUGCUUCUGCUUCCAGAACUUCUGAGGCGAGGUUUUAUCCACCCGUGCCAGCGUGGUCCUCUCAGCCCCAGACCGGUCACGAUCACGCCUAUUGGAGAAGAAGAGGACAGGAGGUCAGUGGCUUGCUAGGGCCAAGGGACCGAGAAGACCUGGAGGCCAGAGGAAUGGCCCAAGCACACAGUCUGCCCCACGUGAGGGAGGGUCCAUGGGAAGUUGGAGGAAGGACAGAGAAUGUGAUGAAGAAGGCAGUUUGGGAAGAAGAGCUGAGAAUGGCGUCUCCUGCCAAGUGGCAGAAUGUAAGCCUCGAAAGCUGGAGCCAGCCAAGGAGAUUAGGAAGGCAGAUGUCUGAUGGUGAUGGGGAGAAAUCGUUUCAAGAUCUGUACCCGUUCGUGCAAGGAGAACAUGUAUUGAAUUCCCAAAGCAAAGGGAAAUCCCAGUCGUUGCCUAGAGUUCUUUGCCCCGAGAGCCUGAGUUGCAUGGAAAUUCCCAUUCCGAUAAAUGAUGGACAUUUACCCAGUAUUCCUAAAAUGCCAUUUUAUCCUCCAAAUUCUGCACCAAAUCUGGAAUCUACCAGGAACCCUGAGAAGGGUGGCUCCUCGGUCCCUCUACCCCGGCCUAAGUUUGGGAGACCCCUCAAGCCUCCAUCUUAUGACUCUCACCAAUACUCUAGGGGAGGAGUGGAAAACAGCGACCAUGCGGACAACCAGCAGACAGAGCUGUGUGUUUCCUACUUGACCAAAACUAACGACCCGAGGCAGGAGCUCUGCACACCCGACUCUGGUUUGGAGCCUCCAGUGUACGUGCCUCCACCCUCCUACAGGUCGCCGCCCCAGCACAUCUCAAACCCCUACGUGGAGGAUGCAGCACCCAGGCCUGUGUGUGGUGGUCGCCGUCAACAGCAGCAUCCAACCGAGAAGGCCAGUGCCAGUUGUCAGCUUCUUUCUGGCUCCCUUGGGACCGGAAGUGAGUAUGGCGCGAGCCCACGCUCUCCCCGAGGACUCCCUCCACAGCCCCGGCCCACCACUGCUUAUGACGGCUCUGUUCUGUACAUUCCCUUUGAUGACCCACGGAUCCGACAUAUUAAACUAGCUCAGCCCCAGGGCUUCUGUGAAGAAACAAAGCUUGAUGAGAGGUCAUACACCGCCGGUCCUGUCACUCCCCCAGAGCCAGCUCGUGGAAACGUGCAACGUGGUGGUGCUGUUUUGAAUCCACACAGCAUGAAACCCCCACCAGGGAAUGGGAGAGGCCCCCCUUUUGCUGAUCCCAGCACCCGGUGGCUGUGGGGCCAGCUCCCCAGGGAUGGAGAAAAUGGCGGCUUUCCUGACCCAAGAGACCACUGUGUCUCGAGAGGACAGCAGCCUGACGUGAGAGGCAGCCAGCACGGACACACAGAAGGCCGAGUUCCCUCCCCACAGCCGCAGAGCAAGAGUACCUGUGACACCCGGACCAAGCUCAAAACGUUUGAAACUGGGAUUCAGACCAAGAAAAGUUCAAAGAAAAAAAUGAACGAAACGAUAUUUUGUUUGGUUUCCAUCCCAGUUAAAUCAGAAUCCCAUCUGCCAGAUAUAGAUACGAACAACAAUGACUUAAAACAGAGUGCUGAUAAAAAGAAUGGGCUCGAUAAGAGCGCAGCUCUACAGGAACAAAGUCUGCUGAGCACGUCUUCCACCGACCUGGAGCUGCAGGCUCUCACAGGAAGCAUGGCUGGGAGAACAGAGCUCCAAAAACAAGAUCUGGGGGAACAAGAAGACGACAAACAAACAAAUGACCUCAGAUUCUUUCACCCCACAAAGCACAGAGAACUCAAGCGUUCUGGCUUGUGGCCAGGGCACCAGUACAGAGAUCAGCAGACACAAACCAGUUUCACCGAAGAAUCCAGAAGCCCACAGCCCCUCCCUGGUGAGAAGCUGGGAGACUCACCUAACGCAGUGCUGACUCCAGAAUGUUUAGACCCUGGUCCUGCCUCUGAAGCGCAGGUACUCAUGGCAUUAACCUCCAGUGACCAAAACCAGAGGCCAGAUGCUUGUCACCUAAAAGGUCACGUGUCCCUCAGCGCAUCCAGCAACAGCGCUUUCUCAAGGACGUCCUCGUCCACAAACCAGGCACCCCUGCCCGGAGCGGGCCAGAGUCAGCCCUGCGUGCAUGGCCGUGGACGCAGAGCCAGCCCCACGCCCAGGGGCGAGGUGGUGAAGGGGGAAACCACGGGCCCCUGCAACAGUAAGCAGCCGUUUGGUCAGUUUCUCUUGAAACCAGUUAGCCGCCGUCCCUGGGAUUUGAUCAGUCAGUUGGAAAGCUUUAACAAGGAGCUUCAGGAAGAGGAAGAGAGCAGUCAGAGCAGCAGCGAGGACGGUGAGGCAGAGCGGUGGCAAGAAGGCUGUGCCGAUUCCAUUCCCAAGAGUUCCAGCUUCAGUGAAGACAGCUGGGAAACGAGAGUCAAGGAGCCGCCGAGGAGGCUGGUGCCAGAGGACCCUGCGUUUAGGUCGGGAGGAGUUAGGAGUAAGUCUGAGAGCUGGAGUGAGGAGCAGAAGCCUGGCCCACUGUGUGUGCAUCCCCAGUCCCUGGGCCCCUGGCAGGUGGAAGACCGCAGAGGUGGAGCGUUGCUGUCAGCAGACGGAAACUCCAUCACAGAGAAGGGAAGCCAGGAGGUCAAGAAUAGACUAAACGAGCUCGCAGUUAGCCCGGGUCCUGCGAAAAGAAAAGCAUCUUCUAGAUUCAGUGACACAAAACCAGCGCCCCCAUCUGAUCCAGCUGAACCGAGGGAGCCCCAGGAAAGUCAGAAGCUCUCCAGUGUUGUAAAUUCUGUGGAACUGAGCAAAGCUGUGCGUCCAAAGGCCGAUAGUGAGGAGGAGAGGGGCCCAGUGGUCUCGCUGUCUCUCGCUAGCAAACCCCGAGGGCUCUCUGCACCAGACUUGAGGUCCGUGGGGCUGACCCCGGCACAGAGGGCUGAUGAGUUAGAUGGGUCUUUACGGGAAGCAAGUGCAAUAGAAAUCCCCCCAAACGAGUCCCUUCAAGCGAGGGCUGCGAGGAUCCUAGGCAUUGAAGUGGCCGUGGAGUCCCUGCUGCCCAGCACCAGGAGGACAAGACAGGGCCAGCAUCUUGCACCUGAUGAGAGUACCCACAGGCCGGAGUCCCCCAGGGAGGAGUCCGUGUCCAGUCCAGCACGAGCAGAUGACCCGCCAGUGUCCACUGACGCCUUUUAUGGCAGGAGAAAGUGCGGCUGGACUGAAAGUCCCCUUUUUGUAGGGGAAAGGGACAGUGCCCGACGGGCCUCCCGGGCUUCUGAGCACUCAGUUGUGGAUGGGGUCGUCCCCAGCAAGGCCCCCGGCCCGGAGCCUCAGCCCGGCCCCCAGGAGUUCAAGUUCUUCAAUCACAAGGACGUGGGGACAAAGCCACCCUUCAGGUCCACCUUGUUCCAUUUUGUAGAAAGGACCCCAAGCGUGGCAGGCUUAGAAAAGAGGCUCAGAAGCACUUCCAAAGUGAUUGAAAGUUUACAGGAGAAACUGGCUUCCCCCCCUAGGAGAGCAGACCCGGACCGCUUGAUGAGGAUGAAGGAGGUGAGUUCCGUGUCUCGGAUGAGGCUCUUGAGCUCCCGGAGCGGUGAGGAGGAGGCCGAGGAACUGAAGGCCGAGAGGGGCCUGGAGGCACAGCCAGGAGGCCUGGUGUCCCUGAACGCAGGGGACCUGGCACGGAAGGCAGGGCCCUCACUCUCUGUCUCCAAGGGCAUCCUCUCGCUGGAAGAAAACAGGCAUCCAGCAGCACAAAGGGAGCAGGACGUGGAUGAGGACUUCCGGUGCCCAGAUUCAUACGACCCUAGCAGAGUGGAGAGGGUGUGAUGAGAUGUGGGUGAAGCACGGGACGCCUGUCGUUUGCUGCUCGAGUGAUGUCUGGUUUAGCCACCAGCCCAGCUUGCCCGUGCAUAAGCUGGAAACUGCCGGCUCAUGGGCAGCAUUACCUCCUUUACCACUGCCACCAGGAAGCUUGUCAUCCCUGCAGAAUCGCUCUGUGGAAAUAAAGCAGUAGUCCAUUAAGACCA